AUGGGGUUGCCGAGAUGCAGGGGCGCCAGGGAGCUGGCUGAUACAGGAACCCCUAGCUUGAAACAGGAGUUCACUCUUCGAGGGGCCGUAUCGACGCCGUAUAGAGGGAGGGAAGCCUUUCAGCACGGAGAAGUCUCUUCCAAGAAGGUGUCUCUCGAGCACUCGGCAGCCUUUGCUGCUGCUGCCGCUUCUCGGCAACGGCUGAAAGAGCUGCAGCAGCCAAAAGCCCCCCGAAGGCGGAGGCAUGCAGUCGCGACUGUGGCAGCGAACGCCUCGGAAAGAGGAGCGUCUGCGGAGCGACAUGAAGGAGGGCUGCGAAUGCUGCAGCCUGAUGCAGUGGUGGCCGCUGCGUUUCGGGCAGCAACCAACAACGCACGCAGUGAGGCACUGUGGAGAGGCAUUUCUCGCCGCUUGGCGCUUGCCGCCCCUUACCUCAAUCCCCAGCAAGUCGCGAUCAGUCUCUAUGCAGCAGCACGAGUCAGAUACCGUGACGUCCGGCUGGUGGAUGCCUUCGCCCCUCUCAUCCUCAAACAAAUCGAAGACUUCUCCGUAAAAGAUAUUGCACUGCUGCUAAAUGCAUUUCGCAAGUUGGAAAUUCCAAAGGCGGAUACCAUCGAGCUGCUCGUUAAUCAGCUGGACUGCCCGUUUGACGUGCAGUCAUUAUGCCUUCUUUUACACGCAGCCGUCUGCUUUUCUGGCGCAUCCGAAGGGUUGGGCUUUGGCAGCUUUGUCCGGUGGCGUCACGACGUGUUGCAAACGCUGCGGUCUAUGAACAUCGCGUUUGAAGCGGCAGUCCCCCUCGGACCGGCAGUUGCGGACGUCUUGCUUGCCAAGAAGAAGAUUGCGAUCAAGUGUACAGGACCCCACAGUUACUACUUAAAUUCUUCGCGCUUGACGGCAUAUGCCCUUUUACAGAAACGCUUGCUAGAGAUUCAAGGCUUAAAGGUUUUGCUGCUGCCGCACAUGGAAUGGGCAGAGUUGCGGGACGCAGCAGAGAAGAGAAAAUACAUUUGGGCAUUUGGCCGGCUUGCUGCUGCCUCUCUUCAGCAACAAGAAACUAUACACUUUCAACACCAUGGCUUGUGGGUGCCGCAGGAAGAAGGACCUGAGGUGUAUAGAGAGACGAUGUCUGAGGACGGGGAGGCCUUUGCCUUGGAGGCGCACGAAGCUCUAGGAGAGGACGCCAACGAAGAUGACGGUCUGCGAUCAACACACAGACAGGCACACGGGAGGGCGGCAGCUAAGCCGGAAGGCGUGCAGGCUGCUGUAUUUUGUGUUUGUUUCCAGCCAUCUGCAUUCGUUUCUUUCGUCUUUCCCUAUGUGUGUUCAAGCUUCACUUCUGAGUUUCCUCGCUAUCGUCACAUGCCCUAA